AUGCCCGUCGCGCUACCCUCCGACGCGUUAGAGCAAAUCAUCGCACAUGUAGACGAAUACUCGGACGUUCUAAGCGUCGCACUGUCAAGCAAGGAGCUGUACGAAGUAGCCGUACCCCUGCACCUGCAGUACCGCGAUAUCCGUUCGCGGUUGAACAACCCGGCGCUCUGGACAUGGCUCUCGCGCUUGGACGACCUCCGUGCUGCACGUAUACGAUCGUUAACUCUCCUCGCUGACGACGAGUUCGGCUGGGAGAUGCAUGAGAGCGCGCACGAUCUUCGGGAGCGGGUGCCUGCGGAGUUUGAGAAGAGCGACCGGGAGCGACUCCCAGAGCUGACUUCGGAGGCGUGUCGCCAAUGCGAGGUGGGUCUAGUCAAGGCGCUCAAACGCAUGACGCGUCUGCAAAGAUUCAGGUGGUAUCGCGUGCCCCGGCCGGUGUUGGAGGGACCAGAUGACAUUUGGAGCACUUUGGCGCAACUGGGCACGGUCAGAGAGAUCGACGUCCUCGACAAGGAAGCUAGCACGUUUGAUGUUGCCUCAAUCGCGCAUUCUGAGACGUUUCUACGAUUAAGCGCCUUGACCACCUUCAAGCUGCGGACGUCUGUCUGUAGUCUCAAGGACGACCCAGAGAUCUCUCAAGUGGAGCAAAUGUUAUUACAAAAUUGCCCAGAUAUUGAGGUAUUAGUUCUCGUGCUCGACCUGAACGAACCCAUAAUAACACCCAAUGUCGAUCGUCUUCUCGCAGACGCCUAUUGGCCUAACCUCCGCGUCCUACGUUUCGGUGGGGUAAACUGCAGAGCGCCCCAGCUCGCGCGUUUCCUGACUGCCCAUCCACGUCUGGAAGAACUGGCCCUCGCACAAAUGAUGCCAGGGCAUGCGUGGAUGCGCUUGGAGUUGCCCGAAGACGCAUUGCCCAACCUCCAACACCUGGAGUGUUCGUCAGCGCAGGCGGCGGCUCUCUUGAAGAACGCGUCCAGGUGGCCGCUUGAGAUGCUGCUCGGUGUUGAAUUGCACGAGACGGUUGUUGAUUCGGAAUUUUUCAGCUGGGACGACGAUUGGGAGGAUGAAGAUCAUGAAGAUGAAGAGAGCGGUCCUGUCCCCUCACCGUGGAAGGCUCUGUUUUUGGAAGGACUAAAAGCACAGAAGUCUAUCACUCGUCUAGGCGUCGUGCGCAUCAGUGCCCCGGAGGAGAUGGAGACUCUGGCAGCCGUUGCUCCUCAGCUCAAGCACUUGAAAAUCAAACGCGACCCAGAUAGCAACACGAUCCCCGAAACUGAGUGGUACAGAUUAUACUCCCUCUUCCCCGCUCUCGAGGCUAUCGACGACGGAUACCUCAUCAGCUUCGACCCAUAUGCGAGUGCAGAGGCGUCGGCAACUUACAAUGAAAAGGUAAACGUGCACAUCCAGGCGCUUGCACGGCGGUGUCCGAGGCUGAGACUGGUUUCAACGGGGGACUAUGGUAAGAAAGUGGUGAUCAUUUGGGAUGGACAGUCAGACGCUGGGGUGAGGUGGGUCGCCCGCAGAUGGAAUGGAAACGAGGACCAGGAGGUGAAAGACGGGGAGAACGUGUACGUCCCUUGA